AUGGGCACCGUUGGAGGCGUCGACGGCUUCGUGAUGGACGAGAUCGACCCGAUGCCCGUCAUGGAUCCAGAGAUGGACAUCGACUGGCACGAGGGCGAGUACGACGUUGACCUCAUCAAGGCAGGCAAGUGCAAGGAGAUCAACACGAUGCAGGAGUUCGAUGUGUUCGAAGCUGUGUCGCCUGACGAGAUAGACUCUACCUGGACAAGGCUGUCGACCAAGUGGGUGUACCAGGAGAAGGGCGAAGAGAUUCGCUGUCGCUUCGCCGCCAGGGAGUUCAAGAGCAUGGACCCCGAGCGCGAGGGGCUUUUCACGCCGGCCAGCGAACCCGCGACUGGCAGGCUCAUAGAUUUCAAGGCGGUGAAGCGGAAUCAGCCCACCGUCAUCAUUGACGCUGUCAACGCCUACUUCCACGCGGACCAAGACAGGCCAGUGGCAGUUGCACCGCCUCGGGAGUGGAUCGAGGCAGAGGCACUCAAGGGCAACACCACGAGGACGAUGUGGAGGAUGAAGAGGAAGCUCUAUGGCGAGAGGGACGCGAGCAGAGGUUUCAGCGACGACAUGAACCGCACUCUCGUCUCAGAGAUGGAGUUUGAGCAGUGUCCUGACCAGUCAUGUUUCUAUCGCCGAGAACGGGAUUCAGUGGACCUGGAGCUUCAUCAGGAUGACAUCUACGCGACCGCUGACGACAUCAAGCUCCAGGCAUUCACGACCGAGCUCGGCAGUAAGGUCAAGAUCAAGGUGAGCAAGUUACUCAAGGUGGGUGCGAAGUACCAGCACCUGAAAGGAGGGCGAGUGAGAGUCGAGGAUGGCAUGUUCUUGACGGGCAACAAGAAGUACGCGGACAAGAUCAUAGAGCUACUGAACCUCGGCAAGGCAAAGAGCUCGCCCACGCCCAUCGUGACGAAGCUGCUGAAGGAAGACAGCGAGCAUCCUCUGAACGCCGAGGAGACCAGUCUCUACCGACAGUGCGUGGGCAUCGCGAGGUACAUGGUCAAUCACGUCACGGAGGUCACGUUCGCCGUUCACGUGUUGAGCAAGAGGCUGGCUGCGCCCACCGACAACGACACGAAGAGGCUCAAGCACCUCGGCAGGUAUCUACUUGGCGUCCGUGACCAUGCACUGUUCUUUCCUAGAGCUGGAGAGGCAGAUAUUUUGGAGUGCUACACCGACUCGGAUUGGGCUGGAGACACCAUCGACAGAAAGAGUGUUUCGUGCGGGGUGUUGUGUUGCGGCGGCUGCACGCUUCUCGAGUACCCGCGCGGCCAGAGCAGCCAAGCGUUGAGCUCAGGGGAGGCAGAGUACUACGCGUCAGUGACGGCAGCUGCCGAGGCGAUCCAUCUCCAGAGCGCGAUGGGUUUUCUGGACAUGAAUGUGAAGAUCAGGAUCCGCAUAGACUCUGCUGCGGGGAAGGCGGUCUGCCACCGCGUCGGAGUGGGGAGGACUCGCCAUCUUGAAGUCCGCACUCUGUGGCUCCAAGCCAAGGUGCGAGACAAGAAGCUGGUGGUGGUCAAGCAGGCUGGGGAGACGAACCUAGCCGACGUGGGCACCAAGGCGCUCACGAGUCAGAGGUUCCCUUGUCUGAGGGCACAGUUGGGAAGGCGCCCGUUGGCAGGCGCGGAUGACAUGGAAGAGAGCACGGCUGUUCGGGUCAACCUCGUGAGCGACGCGACGUCCAAGAUGGCGAGGGUCGGCGCGGCCCUGGUCGCUCUCCUGGACAGCCUGGGCUCGGUGGAGGCAGACGGUGAGUGCGACGUCUACGGCUACGAGACGGACAAGAAGGAGACCAUCCUGAAGGACACCCGUCUCGGGACUGGCGUGCACCUCCAGGGCAUGAUGCUCAUCAUGGCCAUGAUCUUCAUGGUGAUCGUGGCAUGCGCAGUUGGCGGUUGUGUUGGCUGGUGCGUCGGCUACUUCAUGAGGCCGAACCGCACAGAGGAGAGCAAGCAGAUGAAGGAGAAAGUGGAGCUCUCCCAGAGGGCCACCAAGGCCAAGAAGGGGAAGCGAGUUGACAUAUUCUUGGCAUCGAGAGAGUCCUAG